AUGAAUAAUAAACAAGUUUUUGUAAAAGGUUUAACACCAGAUACAACCAAUGAAGAUCUUGAAAAUUUCUUUUCAGAUAUUGGUCCAUUAAAAAGAUGUUUUAUAGUUACAAAACAAAAUGAAAAGGGUGAAAAAGUUUGUAGUGGUAUUGCAUACGUUUGGUAUGCAUUAGCUGAACAUGCUGAAAAAGCAAUUAAAGAAAAAAAUAAUAAACAAUUAAAAAGUAAAAUUAUUCAUGUUUCUAUUGCAAAAGAGAAAUUAUCAAAGAAAGAUUCAAAAGAUUCAAAAGAUUCAAAAGAUUCAAAAGAUUCAAAAGAUACUACAACUGCAACUACUACUACUACUACCACUACACCAGAAGAACCAAUAGUUAAACAAUAUAAUACAAAGAAAGAAUUUUCAGUAAUUGCAAAUAAUUUAGUUGCAGAGAAAGUAUUUGUUUCAAAUUUCCUUAGUUUAAAGAAAGAUACUAUUAAAGCAGUUUAUUCAAUUCCACAUUCAAAUGAUGCAAUUAGAAUCGUUUGUGAAAAUCAAGAAAAUUUAAAACAAGUAGUUACAAAAUUAACUAAAAAUAAACAAAAUAAUGGUAAAUCAGUUUUAUAUGCUGUCGAAAAUGAUAAUUUAAAAGCAAAUGAAUUAAUUAUUCGUAAUUUAAGUUUUAAUACAAAUAUUCAAUUUCUUGUUGAAAAAUUUUCUAGUUAUGGUCAAUUAAUUUUAGUUAAAGUACCAACAAAACCAGGAACAAAUACACCAAGAGGUUUUGCAUUUUUAACAUUUAAAGAAAGAGAAUCUAGUGAAAAAGUACUUAAAGAAUGUAAUAAUGAAAAAAUACACACUAGACAAAUCGUUAUUGAUUGGUCACUUAAACAAAAUGAUUAUCAACAAUUACAAUUUGAUAAACAACAACAACAAAAACAAGAUUCUAAAGAAAAUAAAGAUAAUGAUGAUGAUGAUGAUGAAGAUGAGGAAGAUGAAGAUAAAGAAGAUAAUAAAGAUGAGAAUGAAGAUGAAGAAAUGAAAGAAGAAACUGAUGAUGAUGAUGAAGAUGAAGAUGACGAAGAAGAUGAAGAUGAUGAUAAUAUGGAAGAAGGAGAAGAUGAUGAAGAUGAUGAAGAUGGUGAAGGUGAUAAAAAAGAAAGCAAAUUAGAUGUUAAAAAGAAAAUGGCUAUUGAUCAUACUAGAAAUAAAAAAGAAGUUGAUGAAUUAAAAACAUUAUUUAUUAGAAAUUUGGCAUUUGAUACAAAAGAAGAAGAUUUAGGAGCUAAAUUUGAAGAGUAUGGUAAAUUAGUAUUUUGUAGAUUAGUAUUGGAUAAGUUAACACAAAAACCAACAGGUAAAGCAUUUGUAAAGUAUCAUGAACAAGAUGAUGCUCGUAGAGCAGUUGAAGCAUGUUCAAGUACACCAUUAUAUGAUUUAUCAUUGGAAGACAAGAUCAAUAAAAAUCAAAAGGAUAGUAAAAAAGAGAGUAAAAAGAAUUCAUUAUCCGUUUCAUCAUUACUUCAAGGUGGUGUCAUGUUGGAUGGUAGAUGUUUAGUAGUAUGCUAUGCAGUUGAUCAUCAACAAGCAACAGCAUACAAAGAGAAGAAAGUUGAAAAUGUCGAUAAAAAGAACAAACAUUUAUUAAACAUUGGUAAAAUCAUUCAAAACUCUGCCGAAGGUAAAGAAUUGGAUGAAAAAGAUUGGGCAUUAAGAAACCAAGCUGAUAAAGAGAAUCAAACAAAAUUAAAAGUUAAUCCAAAUUAUUACGUUUCUCCAACCCGUUUAUGUAUUAGAAAUCUCCCAUUACAUGUAACCGAUACAAUCUUAAAGAAUGCCACAAUGAAAAUAUUAAAAACUGCCAAUAUUAAAGACAAGGUUGUAUUUGCCAAAGUAGCCUGUGACAAUGAAAGAGUCAAUGCUCAAGGUAAAGCAAAAUCCAAGGGUUUCGCAUUCAUCGAAUGUUCAACUCAUCAAGGUGCUCUUGAAAUUCUUCAUAAAACCAAUAACAAUUCAAAGAUCUUCUUUUCACCUUCAAAUUUAAAAUCUAAAGGUCAACGUUUAUUCACUCAAUUUGCAGUUGAAGAUGCUCGUGCUGUUAAAAAACAAAAUAUUUAUUUAGAAAAACAAGCUAAAAGACAACAACAACAAAAAAUUGAACGUUCAAUCUUAAAGAAACAACAAAGAAAAGAACAACCUCUAGAUGAAAAUGGUAAACCAAUUCCAGUUGAAAAGAAAUUAUCAAGAGGUCAAAGACAAAGAGAAAAGAAGAGAGAACAAAGAGCUAAAUUAGAAUCACAGGGUGUUGAUGUCGAUGCUUUAAAUGAACAAAAACAAUUAGUAGUUGAAAAGAAGAAAUUACAACAACAAUUAAAAGAUAUGAAUUCAAAAAAACCAAAAAUUACUCAAAAAAUUCAAGAAAAAUUAAUUAAAAAACAUAAACAACAACAACAACAACCACAACCACCAACUAAACAAUUUAUAUCAAAACCACAACAACAAAAACCACCACAAAAACAACAACUUAUAAAUGGUAAACCAAUUCAUACUUCAACUACAAUUCCUAAAGAUAAAUCAAUUUUAUUAAAUAGACCUCAAAAUAUUAUUGAUGCUGCUUCUAAAAAAAGAAAAUCUGAAGAAUCAUUUGAUCAAUUAGCAAAUAAUUAUCUUAAAAAUAAAUCAAAUCCAACUGAACAUGCUCAAAAGAAGAAAAAAUGGUUCCAUUAA